CAAUAGGAAGCCGCGUUACUACUUGGUCCCCCGGCUACUGUUGACACCGAAGCCACACGUGGGAAAGAGCUAAGGAAAUCGCUAGAAAAUGUUGCGACGCGAGGCCCGGCUCAGGAAGGAGUACCUGUUUAGGAAGGCCCAGGAAGAGAGACUGCGCUCCAGAGAGGAGAAAAAACAGAAACUCAAGUCUGCAUUAGAUGAUAAUCGUCUGAUCCCUACCGAGAUACGCAAACAGGCCUUACAGCUACAACGGCAACUGGAGUUUGAUGAUGAGGGCGGAGACGGUGUCAGCUCGCACAUGGAUGACGAGUACAAAUGGGCCGGCGUAGAAGACCCGAAAAUCAUGGUGACGACUUCCAGAGACCCGAGCGCCAGACUCAAGAUGUUCGCCAAAGAAGUGAAGCUGAUAUUCCCAGGGGCCCAGCGCAUGAACAGAGGAAACCAUGAAGUUGACACGCUAGUGCAUGCGUGCAAGGCCAAUAACGUGACUGAUCUGGUGAUAAUUCACGAGACCCGAGGACAGCCCGACGGAUUAAUCGUGAGUCACCUGCCUUUCGGGCCGACGGCGUAUUUCACGCUGUACAACGUGGUGAUGAGACAUGACGUUCCAGACGUCGGGACCAUGUCCGAGGCCUUCCCUCACCUCAUCUUUCACAACUUCACCUCUCGCCUCGGCACACGGGUGUCCAACAUCCUCAAGUACCUGUUUCCUGUUCCCAAAGAAGACAGCAGGCGUGUUAUAACAUUCGGCAAUCAGGAGGAUUUCAUCUCCUUCAGGCACCACGUUUACAAGAAAACCGACCACAGGAACGUGGAGUUGACCGAAGUCGGGCCGCGGUUUGAAAUGAAACUGUACAUGAUCAAGCUGGGCACUCUGGAGAACGAGAGCACGGCGGACGUGGAGUGGCGUCAUCACGCCUACACUCGCACCGCGAAAAAGAGGAAGGCGUUAAGCGUGGAGUAAAAAAUAAAAAGCCUGUGCGUCAAUCUGGAGGUCCGAAAAAGACUUUGUGUGGGUUUAGCACCAGACUUUCUCAGUAUCUCAGUGAGAACUGCUAGUAGUUCAGUAAGAAGCUUACGGUUUAUUUUUUUAAUACAGGAAAUUGCUCAUUUACUGCAUCUUGAUGAUCGUGUGGAUACGGAUGUGUGCGUACAGACUUAUCAGAUGUCAGAAUUUAUAGUCACAGGGUGUGUAGAGUGCAAGAUACUCAAUGCGUCAGUAUUUAUUCAUGCCUUCAGAGGUCUUUUUAAAUAUUUCAUGGUGUACACGGAGGAGACGAGGGUGUGGAGGGCUUCGGAGAGGUUAUGCUGAGCAAAAACAUCUCUUGAGUAUGCAUUAAAAAUCUCGGAAGGAUCAAAAAUGUUUUAUUCCUCUUAUGCCGCAGCAGUUGACUAUUUUUUGUGGUGCAUUUAAUGCUGUGAAAUGUCCACAAAAUCAUUUUGAUCUGAAUGGUCACACUUGCCAGCUCCUAACCUUCCCCACACGAGUGCUGAAACUGGAGACUCCUUCCCUAAAGGUUCAUACAUAGUCAUUUUGUCCAGAAUUUUUUUUUUUUUUUUUUAAAUAAAAGAGACUCUUCAUCUUCUGACCAACACCUGAUUCAGGAAUUCAAGUGUUGUAGUGUCAAAUUGUUUGGGAAAUGUUUAAAGUUGAUCAUUUUAUAUUGCUUUCUUUGUACAUGAUGUAAUAAAUAAAAAAAAGACAUUGUGAAAUUCUUCA